AUGAUUCCAGCAUGUUUCAGCCAACCCAACACGCUCUCAAGCAGCUCUCAAGUGCCUCAUCAGAACCUCAUAACCUCCAUCUACCAAACCCACCUCUGCGACUCUCCAACAUAUCUCACCCUCACCUGGUCCAAAACCCUCUUCUCCCACUCCCUCACCAUUUCCGCAACCGACUCUUUCUCCAUCUCCAUCUCUCUCCACCCAUCAACUUUCCCCUUUUUCCGAACCCGUCCCGGCUCCAAAUCCAUCUACCCGACCCACCAUCGUUGCCAGAGAAUCAAGCUCUACUGGGACUUCACUCGGGCCGAGUUCACCCACAACUCCGCCGACCCCGACUCGUGCUUCUACGUCGCCAUCUCGUGCAAUGGCAAGCUCGAAUUCUUUCUCGGUGAUCUUUUCGAUGAGUUGACUCGGCGGUACUCCGGGUUGGUUAUGGCUCGCCGAGUUGGCGAGCCAACUCUGUUGUCAAGGCGAGAGCACGUGUUUGGACGCAGGAAUUAUGUAUCCCGGGCUCAGUUCUUGGGAACCAAACACGAGAUUGGGAUCGAGUGUAGUGGGGGAGUGCUCAAAGUAAAAGUGGAUGGAGAAAUACGGCUCGUCGUAAAAAGGCUUGCAUGGAAAUUUAGAGGGAAUGAGAAAAUUUACGUCGGUGGCAUUGAGGUGGAAUUCUUUUGGGAUGUGUUUAAUUGGGUCAAUCAUAAUCAUAGCAAUAAUAGUGGGACUAACGGAAAUGGGCAUGGUGUGUUUGUUUUUCAAGUUGGUGAUGGUGGGGUGUGGCCAGAAAUGGUAGGCCCGGAGAAGAGGUUGAUGAGGAAGAGCUUGUCGUUCUCGUCCGGGUCCGGUGCCAUGCCGUCAAUGAUAUCGUCGUCGCCGUCAACGCCGUCGUGCUCGAGUGUGCUGCAGUGGGCAGAGGAGAGCAGUGAUGGGGGGAGGAGUUCAUGUUCAUCAACUAGGUCGUGUGGGAGUAAUGGGGGGUUCUCGUUGUUGUUGUAUGCUUGGAGGAGGGAUUAA